AUGGAUAGAGCCUUCGAGCUUGCUGAAGAGGCAUUAAAUGAUGGUGAGGUACCUGUCGGAUGCGCCUUCGUAUAUGAUGGACAAGUAAUUGCUUGUGGUAGAAAUGAAACAAAUGUUUGUGGUGAUGCAACUCAGCAUGCCGAAAUCGUAGCAAUAAAACGGCUGGAACAGUGGUGUGCAAAAAAUGACCUGAGUUUAGAAUCCGUAUUACCUAAGGCUGUGCUUUAUGUGACCGUGGAACCGUGCAUAAUGUGUACAGCUGCUCUUCGGUUUGGUCUUCCAGUUCAACCAAAGUGUGUCAUUUAUUCUUCUCGGAAUGACCGUUUUGGUGGUUGUGGAUCUGUAAUGAACGUCAGUACCGACGACUCAUUGAGAUCUCCAUUGUCUUGCAAAUUUAAUGGACAGUCAGAUAGAUCAAUUAAUUUGCUGAAGAGAUUUUUCGAACAGGAAAAUUGGAAUGCACCUGAGGAAAAACGAUGGUUUAUUAUUUUCUUGGCUUUUGCUGGGUGGAUUGACGUUGUUGCUUGCGUGCAGAAUCUUGUUGUUGUUGCUGGAACGACUGAGUUGGCCGCGUACGUUGUGAGGUUUGGUUUGGAGUCGAACAAGCAAGACGGCAAUUCAAACAUCGGCGGCUCGGAGGGCGAGGCUUUUGUAGGUGAGGCUGCUACUAAAUCCAAAAGCAUGGCAUUCUACGUCCCGAAUUCACGGAAACCAUUGGAAAAUUUGCAGCAAGAGAUGGACUAUUCACGAGGACGGCCUCUGAAUCCCAAUUUGGAUAUUAGCCUGCCGACUUACGUGAUUGAGAAUGCAAUAAUUCGCGCAAUAGCUCACGACAACUUCCCCUAUGUUACGGAUUAUAUUCGAAAGUGUCCAGCCAACAUCACGCGGUACAUUUACCAUGAGGUAUACACUUCACAAAAGCCAAUGCAAAAGACGAUCACAAUAUGCCCUCCUCUUUAUCACGCCAUUCGCGAAAAUGCUCUCGGAUGCAUUCGCGUCCUAAUGCAACAUGGAGCGAUGGCUUUCCAGCCCUCUUACGCGUUGCAUUGGGGUGGUUUCCAGGACGGUGAACCGACAAUUGAAAUCAUUGAAAAACCCAAUAUAGCCUGCUUAGCAGAUAUGAUUUUGGGUAAAGAAAUUGAAUUUUCCUCACUAGUUUUGAAACAAAUGAAGAUGGUCAAUGUCGAUUUUGGAUUGCCGGUGGAAAUAAGGGUUCAACGUUUACAACAACCGACCCCGAAUUCCACUAAGACAAUUCAAUACAGCGAUGCGUGGGAAUGCAUCGAAAAGGCGAUUGAGAAGAGCUGUCAACGAGAAGAACUGGCUAAUUUCAAAGCUAUUCUGAAGAAGCUUCAUUCUGCAUACAAUACAGACAAGCUGGAAUCUCUCUACGUGAAAAUGAAAGAAACGCGGCACAAGAAACCUCCCUCACAACAGCUGGAGGAACCGCCACCUUGA